AAUGUAUUUAAGACAAAACACAAUAUCUAAGCACACUCUUCUCCACAUACAUAGUUUUUAUCGAUUCAAACUUACAUUUGUUGAACAAAAACAACCUAUGCAUUUGUUUGACAGAAGAAGCAAAAGAUUAAUGGCCCCUCUCAUUAAAACACAAGAUUGAUGGCCCCUUCUGAGUUAUUACUACUACGCAUAUUUAUGAACAGCUUUUUGAUCCAUUUUCCACUCUGUCUUUUCCAACCAUUCACCUUCUUCUUUCAAACUUCCCCCAAACCCUUCUUCUCAACCCAUUUUUGGAUUAUGUUUUAUUUUUAUUUUUUUGGGUAUCUUGGAGAUUAUUCAUGUGUGAUCCUUGAGAAAAAACCCUGAUGGUUGUUUAGUAUCUCUAUUUGUAAUGGACUCUUCAGCAAGGUUGGAUUCAGUUGUGUUUCAGCUUACACCAACUAGAACAAGGUUUGAUUUGGUCAUUACUGUGAAUGGAAAGAAGGAGAAAAUAGCCUCGGGUUUGUUCAACCCCUUUCAUUGCCACUUGAAGGUUGCUCGGGAUCAAAUGGCGAAGGGUGGUUAUUCAAUUGUCCUUGUGCCUGAGCAUGGAAGCGAUGCGACGUGGUUUACCAGAGGAACUAUUGAAAGGUUUGUUCGUUUUGUGAGCACGCCUGAGAUACUGGAACGUGUAUAUACUAUAGAAUCCGAGAUCUUACAAAUUGAAGAGGCGAUUGCAAUUCAAGGAAAUAAUUCCAUUGGGAUUAGCAUUGUGGAAGAAAACCAAAUAAAACAAGAAAGUACCGAAGGGACUUUUGAAAGGACAAGAAGGAAGAAUAAGCAGAAUGGUAAUGCGGUGAAAGCAGGUGUUCCUUAUAAGUCUGUUGUACAGCCACCUAAAGCAAACGGAAGCACCCCGUCUCAAGCAAAAUCAAAAGUUCAGAUUUUGAGAGUCUUGGAGACACGCAACUCGUUGCUACAUAAAGAACAAGGAAUGGCAUUUGCACGUGCUGUUGCUGCUGGUUUUGACAUUGUUUACAUACCAGAUUUGAUGUCAUUUGCUGAACGCUUUGAAGCGUCACGCUUGAUGGAUGCAUGUAGAAAAUUCACAUCUCUAUGGAAAAUAAAGCAUGAAAAUGGCCUAUUGCUUGAAAUCGAAGCUUCUGAAGUGAAUCCUAAUCGUGUAGACUUCUCUGCAAUUAAAACAUCUGGCAUUGUAGUUUCUGACAAUACGGUCAAUGCAUCCCACACUGAUAUAGGCUCAGAAAGUAAUGGUGGAAAAACAAAUUCAGGUACCGAUAAUAUUCAAAGUCAAUUCACUCAUCAUGGAUUCUCCCCUUGGCCUGGUCAUUCUCCCCCGGAUGCUUUGCCAGUGUUUCAUCCGUAUCCGGUCGAAGGCGUAUCCUACUAUCCGACUUAUCCAGUAAACAGACCAUUGAUGCAGAUGGGUUGUCCGCCUACAGAGGAUCCCAGACUACAUGCCGGUCAAAGUAUGCAACAUAGAAGACAUUCCAUGGAUAAUAGACACAACAAUACUGAAUCCGAAAAUUGGGGCAGAGAAACUUCGAAUACAAGUUUUCAGGAUGAAGUGGAUAUGGAGAGAGACGGUUUACAUACUGGAGACCGAAGGAAAAAGGCUAGUCGAUCAGAUAGGCGUAAAUCUGGCACGGUGAUCAUCCGCAAUAUCAAUUACAUAACAAAGACAGAACGCUCUUCUGGCAGUGGAUCAUACUCUGAUUCUGCUACUGAAACUGACGAAGAUAUUCAGGAAUCUCGGAAGACGUUAAAAAGAAGAGGAUCCGGUAAGGCAUCUUUGAAGAGGUUGAAUUCAACUGAUAAAGAAGAAACAGACUAUGGAAAGGAAGUGGAUGGAGGACAUUGGAACGUAUUUCAAAAUUAUUUAUUGAGUGGUGUAGAGGAAGGUAGACAUGCCCUUAACCGAGACCAGUUUGAAGUGGAAAAAGUUGAUCAUGUGAGAAUUAGAAACCAUGUUGCAGCCAAUGAUCCUUUAGAAUUUACUGGUAAUUCACAUCCAUCAUCAGACGUGACUGCUAUCAAUGAACAAGGUUCUUCGAACGCUUAUUUGGAAAGAAAGUUGUUUCGUAAUGUGAAUGAUGACUCCUUCAUGGUUGAACACAGGGUCAAUGAUCCAAAUGUUGAGGGAAAUGCUAUUGACAUGGACACAGAGUUCCCGAAAGUGCAUACAAAGGAAGUAAAACAGAAAAUUUCCAAUUAUCAACCAGACGAAUUGAGCUUAAUGCCUGAACGAGGAGCUGAUAAAGGGUCAGUACGCUAUGACUGUGCACUUGAUUAUGAAAUGCAGGCCAAAGCUGUAAGUGGUUCUUCACAAGAAAAGAAGAACAAGGGGGAGUUGGCUCAUGACACCAAACCGAGAUCUAAGAUGUUGGAUAAGGAGCAGAAAUCAAAACCUAUUCCAAGUAGUUCUGAUAGAAAAAAGACCGUUGGACCAAUAAGAAGAGGAAAAACUAAUAAACCAAGUCCAUUGGAUGAAGCACGAGCACGUGCUGAAAGGCUACGAAACUACAAAGCCGAUCUCCAGAAAAUGAAGAAAGAGAAGGAAGAGGAAGAUAUAAAACGUAUAGAGGCUUUAAAGAAGGAGAGGCAAAAGAGAAUUGCUGCUAGGAGUAGCUCAGUCACAAGACCAACCACCAAGUCACCGAUGCCACCACAGCAAACAAAGAAACAGUUUUCGACGAAAUUUUUACCUAGCGUGCAUAAAGGAUCAAAAUUUAGUGAUUCAGAGCCAAGGUCAUCCUUACCCUUUCAAAGAUUCCCUAUCAGAGCCGCUUCUGGUGGAUCUAAUGAUUCUUCAAAAGCCUCAAAAACCGGAGGACUGAAUACUGGUAGCCACUCAGUUACAAGCAAAUUAAGGCGGUCAGUGCCUCCUAUGCCCGAACCUAAGCAAGAGACGGGUGAUGGUGCGGCCGAUACUAAGGCAUCAAUAACACGCAUCAGAAGACUCUCAGAACCUAAAAUGAGUACUGUUCGUCCGACUUCCUUAUUCAAAUCACGGAGCGGCAGGACAAUUUCAAGGACUAAAGCAACUGACGAGACUGAGAGAAGAAAAAUUUCGGCUAUUGUGAAUUAUGAUAAAGGAAAGAUCGCAACCCUUCCAGAACUGAAAAUCAGAAUAUCUAAAGCAAGUGAUGUUGUCCAAGACAGAUCACCAACUAAAGGGAAGACACAAAAGCUUAACGGUGACAAGCCUUCUAUGAAUUCAGAAGGUGCCUUGCUGAAGAAAAGUGGAUUUGGAGUUUUGUUCAUGGAUCAUGGAGAUGACAAUCCAAUAAUUGAUAAAAAUGUUGUGAUGCUUGAGUGUGAAAAACCUUGUGUCCCUCAUAUUAAUGACGAGAAAUCAAGAGAAAAAAUAGCGAUAGCAAAGAGACAGUUUGGCAAUGAUAAAGUAAUGGAUAAAACUGAGACCGUAUCAAGUUAUGUUGCUGUUUGUGCACCAACUUCAUCCUUAAGAGCAAAUGCGGUAGACAUAGAAGCUUUGGAGAACCAAUCACAAGUAAAACCUGUAUCCUUGAAGGUUAAAAUGAGUAAUACAGAGAAAGAAUCUUCAAAAUCAUCUAGUACAAGCACUCGUGUUGCUGAGGAAACAUAUUGUGCCCCAUACUCUCGAGGUUCUUUGUUAGAAAGUCGUUUUACACGAAAUUCUGAGCAUGAUAAAGCACCUCCUGCCAGCUUGGAGACUACAUCGAUUGGCAUGGAAACUUUUAGAGCACACGCGUCUGAGACCAUAAACUCUACACUUGCGAAGAUUCCUGAGCUAAAUGAGAAUCCUCAGCUGAAGGAGUCGCCAAAAGGGUUAAGACGGCUGUUAAAGUUUGGAAGAAAGAAUCACAACUCAGCUAAUGGGCGCAACAUGGAAUCAAAUCACGCCAACAUUGAUGGUUCGGAAGCAAAUGAAAUUGGAGCAAACGGUUCCUCCAGUGAAGUUUUCACUUUGAAGAAUUUGCUCUCUCGAGAUGAAACUCAUUCGACCAACGUAGCUCCUCAAAAGUCUACUCGCUCUUUCUCCUUGUUAUCAUCGUUUCGAAGCAACAUCAGAGAGAAAAAGACAAUGAUGGCUUGAUCGAAUUGAACACGUUACUUGAGGUUGAUGUCGUGAUCAUUUACUCGAUUCUUUUCAGUUUUUUCCCUCUUUUCAUGAGCUUCAAUAGUCCUGAAUUAUAAUUGUGUAGCUGAAAAUAUCAGAGUAAAUAUCUUUUUGUUGAAAUCGUUUGCCAAUUUUGAAAACAUUCUUGGAAAUUACCAAGAGCAAAGCUAGACACACUUAAAUGGUGCUUUCUUUAUUAGUA